AUGCCGUCCGACGCUGCUGUUAUUGGUGGACUCGCCGCGGCCGCCGUUGUUUCUUCUCUCUUGAUCCGAUGGCGCAAUGCGCGGAAGUUCCCCGUCCCACCUGGUCCCAAGCCAUAUCCUUUCAUCGGCAACGUCACCGAUUUGGAUCCUCGGGAGCUAUGGGUUACCUCUGCCAAAUGGGCGAAGCAAUAUGGUGAUAUUGUGUACACCCACGUUUUUGGCAAGGGCAUCAUCUUCCUCAAUUCAAUCGAUGUGGUCGAUGACUUGAUGGACAAGCGCGCGGCGCUUUACUCCGAUAAGCCGCGCUUGAUCAUGGUGAACGAUCUUGUCGGUGCUGGCAAUAUGGUUGUCUUCACCAACUAUGGAGAUCGUGCUCGGCGGCAGCGUCGGCUCAUGUCCCACACCUUGAGCGCUCAUCACGUCCCCCGGCAACACGAGGCCAUUGAGCUUGAGGCGCGCGACAUGAUCGGGCGUUUCCUGGAGGGCGGUGACACGUUUGCACACCUCCGGAGAUACGCUGUUGGUGUCAUCCUCCGUGUCGUCUAUGGAAUUGAGAUGAAGGACGGGGACGGCAGCUUGAGGUUCCUCCAGGUUGAGGAAGAGACAGCUGAACUGCUUUCCAAUGAGAUUAUGUCCGGCGGUGGUGUUUGGGCCGUUGACAUGAUGCCAUGGCUCCGUCACCUUCCGUCCUGGCUUCCUGGCAUUGGCUUCAAGCGCAAGGCUGCUGAGUGGAAAAAGGUCUUUGACGAACUCCGUGAGGGCCCUUGGGAGACUCUGAAGGACAACAUGGCCGCUGGAAAGGCUCACCCGUCGUUCUGCUCCGAACUCCUGACACAGGUCGGCAAGACUGUUUCUGAGCAAGACCAGACGGAUAUCAAGGACACCGCUAACUCUAUGUACAGCGCUAGCAUGGACACUACUCUCACCAUCAUGUCGCACUUCCUGCUCGCUAUGAUGCACUAUCCUGAGGUCCUCAAAAAGGCGCAUGCUGAACUUGACAGUGUGCUCGGGCCUGGGCCUGGUCGCAUGCCGACGUUGGCGGACAAGCCUAAACUUCCUUAUAUUACUGCCAUCUUCGAAGAGAUUCUUCGUUGGUCAGUGCCUGUGCCUCUUGCUCUUCCCCACUCAUUGCUUGACGACGAUGAGUACAAGGGCAUGCAUCUCCCUAAGGGCUCCAUUAUUUUCCCUAACAUCUGGAACAUUGUCCGUGACGAGAGGCUGUACCCCGAUGCCCACACAUUCGAUCCCGAGCGGUUCAUUGAGAAGGGUGACGGCACGUACAGCACGAAGCAGCGUGAUCCACGCCAGUUCGUCUUCGGUUUCGGUCGCAGACGCUGCCCCGGCUCGCAUCUCGGUGAAGCCUCAGUCUGGUUCCUGAUUGCUUCCAUGCUCGCUACACUCGACAUCAAGAAGCCCGUAGACGAGAAGGGCAACGUUAUCGAGCCCCAUGUCGAGUUCGACAACUCAAUCUUCCGCACGCCCACCGAGUUCAAGGUUUCUGUCACGCCUCGUCCACAGGCUAAGGCUGCUUUCAAGAACUUUGCGCCUGUCAAGCUCGCUGCUUGA